AUGCGGAAGCGGGCACCAAAGACACGCAGGGGCACGCCCGUGAGAUACUCCAAGGCGGUGCAGUUGGUGCAUGAGUUCAGCGGCGCGCUGCUGUGCAUCGAUGUCCAGAAAAGGGCGGAGAGAGAGGGCUUUGCCAUGAAGGUGGUGCUCAAGGCCAUAGACCCUCCCUCAGGGGACGGAGGGUCAACGGAUGGGUACAAGGACACGUGGUGGGAGGUCAAAUCGCCGGGGAACGUCAGAAUCAGCCAGGCAAGGCUUGCAUCUUGUUUUGCUUCGUCGUCCGGGGAGGGUAAGGUCCUACACUAUGACGAGAUCUGCCUACACUCGAACCGCUGGGACCGGAGCCUGCGGGCGCACCCAACCCUCUUGGAUCGCCAAAGGGUAACGACAGCAACAGAGGUGGAAGGAGUAUCAGGGGCUGAAGAACCAGGAGCUUCCACCGGCCCGUCUCCGACGUUGCCUCGGGAGAAGUACCCUGGAGCGGUGCAUGCCUCUUUCUCGCACUCGCUACUGAGAGUGGUGCCGUACGACGACUGUCCCUCCCUGCCGUACGACGACGGGAGACUGUCCAUCGCGACAACGGCGGCGGCAGCGGCAAUGGCCUCCGCUUCCGGGGGGUGGCCAGCUCCGGACUCGUCGUCGUCACCCUACGCGCUCGCUGGCAGCGGAACCGCCGACACCCCCGUCGGCGGCGUCGUGGACGACGCGGGCGCGAUCCGCGGGGGAGACGUGGUGCGCCUCUGCCACCUGGCAUCCACGGGGUUUCUUACGUGCGAGGCGGUGACGCCGGAAGCGUUUCCGCGCGGGGGAUGGGCGCAGCCGGAGACUAGGAUGGUGGACCAGGCCGGAGGAGGAGGCGGAGGCCGAAGAGGAGGGGGCGGGGCGGGAGUGGACGGCCCGGCACAGGGGCAGGCAAGCGACGGUGGGGUCGGGGGCGGUCCGUUCCUAUACAUUUCCGCGACCCCUCACCGCCGCCAGAAGCUGCAGAACGCUAGCAGUAACUGCCUGUGGGUUCUGGAGCGGACCCACUGCGCCCUGGGCGGCCGGCCGCUGCGAGGCAGCUGCGCGAGCGCCGCCGGUGCCGUCGACCCACCGCAACAACGUCAGCAGCAGGGAGAAAACCCGACCGCCUGGUCAUCGUUUUCGACAAGCGGUAGUGGCAACGCCCGUCGCAACUCCCACCACCAGCAGCAGACCGCGCAACAGCCAGGAAACUAUUCUGCUUACACCGGUGGUGCCGCUGCCUCGGGGGCGGGUUAUUCUUCCGGUGGCGGCGGCGGUGGCAACAGGAGCGGCGCGACGGAGAGGCAGAGAUGGAACAGCGAUUCCGACAACUUCCCUGGCGGAAACGACGGUGGGGCACGUGGCGGUGGCGGUGGCGGCGGCGGCGGCGGCGGCGGCGGCGUUGGCAGCACCGGCGUUGCAAGCGGCACUCGCCCAUCCUCUUCCUUCCCGGGCGGGGGCUUCGGGCGCGACACCUACGCCGAGGCCGUCGCGAAGAGGAGGAGAAGGCAGGGCGCGGGAGACCCUGUCGAGUACGUCCGCAUCAAACACCUAGCUACCAUGCGCUACCUCUGCGUCGGGAAAAAGUGCGAUCCCGUCCGGGGUGGUGGCGGAGUGAACUCCGGCGGGGAUGCUGGCGCCGGCGGAAGACCGGCUACCCGGCGGCGGGGGGACAGCAGGAGGAGAGGAGCGGCGGCGGCAGAUGCUGCGGCGGCAAGAGUGGGCAUGCUGACGGUAGAUCAGCACGCGGCGGUGCCAGCGGCCACGGUCUUCGUGAUUCGGCCGCGGCGCACGGCGGCCGCGGGGGCGGGGGGGUUGGUGGGGCCGGCAGCUACUGAAGAGGUCGGGGCGGAUCGUUGGCUUGGUCCCGAGGAUCUGGUCCACCUCCAGCAUAAGAACACCGGGCUGUUCUUAUCGGCCCUCCGUCUGGAAAACACGGCUAAGGGGCGGAUCGGGCUCACCAUGGUCAAGUCUCCACUGACGACUGAGUGA